GCCAUUGUUGCCGCUAAAGAUAGUGCUGCUUCGACUGCCAACACAGGUUCAACGGACAAGGCAGCACCGACAGCCAGUGCAACAAACUAGGUUGUAGUGCAUGCCGCAGUAUACAGUGCGAGGCGGCAUAUAGUACCAGCUGACGGUGUCGGCCAUGAUGUACUGCGUGGUUCCCGGCUGCUGCUCCCAGGUGGGUGCCACCAGGGGCGUGGUGUUCCACGAGUUUCCCUCCAACAUGGAGCGCCGAGAGUCGUGGACACUGGCCGUGCGUGCACUCAAACCACCCAUUCAAGAUUCCGAUGAUCCGUGGGUGCCGUCCGAGUACGCGAAGAUAUGCAGCAAGCACUUCAAGCCAGAUGACUACAUACAGGGCCCCAAGAAGCGCUACCUGGCGCCCCACGCCACGCCUUCCCAGUUCCAGCAGACGUGUGAUGUUCAAACACGCGGUCACCGAGGUCGGCCCAGGAAGCCACGGCUGGCCAAUGACGGCUCUUCGGCCGCCAUUGUGAGCGAGCCCCUAAGCACGGGGCAGUCCAGCAAAAGGCCUCAAGCUGGCAUCACGACGACGCCCGUGGUCAUACGUCAUCUGUUGGGGUACAGUUCUCGUUUGAGGCGCGACCACCAGGGCACAGUCGGCACCGUCUCGACGCAGAUUACAAGCGUAGUGCCAAGUGAAAGAGCCAACGCUAGGCUUAGCGCCAGAACUAUGGAGCCGAGUGAGAAUGCUGACCCCGGCCUUACGCAUAGCGCUAGAACUUUGGCCGGAAGCUGUAGCCAACAAACACCCAUCGUCGUUGUCCCGUUGCGAAGCAGCCACUCCGCGGCGACAUCUGUCGGUUGCCAGACACAGGUGACAGGACUGACGAUAGCAGCGUAUGAGGAGCAGAUACAGUCGCUGCGGGAUGAGUGCAAGCGACUGCGGGACGAUCUGUAUGAGCUGCGUCGUGUUGGGGUGGACACAAUCUGCAAUGGCGGCGUGACUACUGCCAUGGCUGGUCAGCGCAACAACAGCAGCAGCAAUGGAAGCAGUAACCAGCAGCAGCAGCAACAGACAGUCGACAGGGAAAGCGGGGAGACAGAAGCGAAAAUUCCUAAGACAAGCUGCGAGGAGAACAGUCAGAAUGGUGCACCCACACUCCAGGUUGCAGAGGAUGGUGAUGCUGAGAGCUUGGUGGCCAGCAAGCAGCAGUCGUUACAAGAGGAAGAUGGCAAGGAGGAUGGCGGGGAGGAGGAGAUUGCCGUGCCGCUGGUCGUGAUGUACAACAAGCGGCGGUACGACGUCAAGGUGGCACUCUCAGCCAAGAUGGCCAAGCUCAAGGAGGAAAUACAAAAGCUCACCGGAGUUCCGCCAGCGAUGCAAAAGCUGAUCUACAAAGGGGCUCCCAAACCAGAUGACAACAAGAGUCUGGUGGAGUUGAAUCUGUCUGCCAACGCCAAGCUCAUGCUGGUCGGCUCCACCCUCGACGAUGUGCUCAACCUAGAAGUCCCCACGCCUGAGCAGCUCAAGGACGACACGCCACAGGCCACUAAAGAGCCAAUCAGUAAACAAAAAUUGCACCAGAAAGUAGUUGAUAAAGGGGUUCCAGAAGACGCCAUCCCAGGAAUCCGCAAUGUCAAAGACUCACUGCCAGCUGCCCCGCUUUCGGGAAUGUUAAAUAAAUCUGGAGGGAAGGUGCGCCUCACGUUCAAGCUUGAGCUAGACCAGGUUUGGAUCGGCACGAAAGAGAGGACAGAAAAAAUAAACAUGAGCUCUAUUAAACAAGUGAUCAGCGAGGCUAUUGAAGGUCACGAGGAGUACCACAUAAUGGCUCUUCAGCUUGGGACAACAGAAGCCUCCCGAUACUGGAUCUACUGGGUUCCCGCGCAGUAUGUGGAUGCCAUCAAGGAAACCAUCCUAGGAAAAUAGGCACAGUACCUCAUAAAUUGACUGGAGUCCUGACGCGGGAGAAAGGGGAGAAGAAACAACUGAAAAACAGCCAUAACGGAAGUAGAAGCGAAAGGUUCCUGUGCUCUCUCCUCUUGUUCUUAUGUUCAGUGUGGAUGACGUCCGAGAGUGAAAGAAACACUUUGACGAGCAUGGUAUUUUUGCAAUUUUACACUCGGGGCGUCCCUUCCCUUUCUGUCCCCCCGCUGUGUGAGUGACGCUGAAGCACGGGCGUUCCCACGGUUGCGUGCUGUGAGAAAAUAAAAAAAGAAUUGUGACAGUGGA